AUGGCGCUGCUGCUUUUACUGAUGACGCUGGCAUCGUGUGCUGCCACUCCUCAAGACCUGGCAAGUAAAAUGUUCACCUUCCCAGAAGAGACAAACACAGCUCACGUGAAGCUGUUAACAACAAAACAAGAUUUAAGUGCUGUAACUGUCUGUCUCAGAUCCUUUACAGACCUUCUAAGAGACCACGUUCUUUUCUCUUUGGCAACAUCGCUUGCUUUCCAUGACUUUAUGAUAUACAAAGGAGGUACAAGUGAUUACUUUUCAAUGCGGGCCAGGAACAAAAGAGCUCCUUUUGAAUUUCAAGGCUACAAGCUGAACACGUGGAAUGCAAUUUGUUCCACUUGGGAUGCUACCUCUGGACUAAUUCAGCUGUGGGUAAAUGGAAAGCCUUCCAGCAGGAAAUUCGUCAGCUCUGGAUCCAACAUCAUUGGACCCAUGUCUAUUGUUUUAGGACAGUUUCCGGAUUCCCAUGGUGGAGGAUUUAUAACUGAUCUGUCUUUUAUUGGCAUGAUGUCUGAUGUCCACAUGUGGGACUACGUCCUUUCCCCCUGUGAGAUCCAGAACUACUCCAAUGAGCUGAGCUUCACUCUGGGGAAUGUGCUGAACUGGAAUGCUCUGGAUUUUCAGAUAACAGGAAGAGUGUUGAUACAAGACAAGCAAAGGAUAUGUUGA